AUGAGGUUAAACGCAGCAGCCGCUGCACUUUGUACCAUUUCUUGGAGUUCCGAGGAUUGGGUCAGGGCUAGUGCGGAUCCGCCGCUUUGUGAGCAUGAUGUGCGAUGCAUCUUUGGGCUCAGGUCGGCUGACUUGAUUGCACUGCUUCGAUCGGAUCCGUUGCAUCCCUGGGAGAAGGCACCCCCCCAGCUGCACCUUUGUGGUGUAGCUUGGGCAGAUCUGCCCCGGGCAGCAGACCAAGAUGCCUCAGAGGCAGAUGCGCAGAAGGCAGGGCUGUUCGGAUACACCAAAAUGCUGCAGCACUUGACUGGGACUUUUGUUCUUCUUGCUCAGUCCGUCUUGGUGGGUGGUGUUGAGCUUCUGGCCCAAUCCUGCCGCCCCAUUCUGAGCAAUUGGCUGGAUCAGUGUUCAAAUUGA